CCUCAAACAACCAACUUUGACCGAAAGCAUCUUCUCCUGUUUUGGAAUCUGAUCGGAAAUUUGAUUGAGUCUCCAAACUCGCAAAAAUGAGUACCGAAACUAUUCUCAACUUGCCCGCCAACCACGGAGCUCGAUCCACCAACUUGCCGUGGUACGUAGCUUCAGUCGAUAACAAACUCAGCGAGAUAAUGCGCAAGAUCUUUGAGGAAUACAGUGGACUUGCGCCAAAUGAAGUUGAGCCAUAUGUAUAUGAAGUUGUGAGUUUGGCGAUUCAUAUAUUGAUUCAACUUUGCUAACUGUUUGGUGAAGCGCAAGUUGGCUUGGUCGGUAUUUCCAUGGCCCUGUAUUGGCGAGUUCUGGUUUUUGGAACUUGGACUCACACGUCACCCUGAGUACGACAAUAUCCUCCAUACUUUGAAAGAUACUUCUUCACAGAGUCCAAAGUUACUGGACUUGGGAACCUGCUUGGGCCAAGAUCUUCGAGAGUUGGCACACAAUGGUGUUCCAAUCAAUUCACUUUACGGUGCUGAUCUCGUACCUGGUUUCGAAGCCGAUGCGUACGAGCUUUUCCGUGAUUCAGAUCGUUUUGGUCCAUCGAAUUUCAUUACAAGCAACAUAUUCUCAGAGGAAAUCGAUGACGGCUUGGUCAAAACCAGAGGAACUUGGGAUAUCAUUCAUGCUACAAUGUUUCUUCAUAUCUGGAGUCUCGAGGACCAGGAGAAGGCAUGUGAGAACAUCCUAAAGCUAUUGAGCGAAAAGCCAGGCUCCAUGGUAAUUGGUACGCAAACUGGUAGCGUGAAACCCUCAGAAUUCACUUUGAGACCUCCUCUAUGUGAGCCUGGAGAACACAAGGUUGCUUACAGGCAUAGCAAGGACACAAUGAGUGAUAUGUGGACUCGCGCAGGAAACAAGCUAGGUAUGGAAAUGGAGGUGCGGAUAGAUUAUGACGAGGCUGAGAGGGCGGCUAGAGAGAAGGGACGGUUGGAGAAGGGCCCGGAAUGGGAGACGAAGCAACGAUUCUUUACUGGCGAGGAUGAGAGACGAGUAUUUUUUACUAUCAUAAGGCUGUGACGGCAUGAAUCUUCUGACACCCGGGGAAUGUUUACG